GCUACUUCUCUGUCGGUCACAUGACUUUACAUCCGCUCAGUGACUGUUGCUGUUUGGCAGCUAUGACAACAACUUUGAAAGUUGAAUGAAUGGCCUCUGUGAAGAAGAAGCAGCUACCCUCCUCUAAAGCGCAUCAAAAGUGUCUGAAAUGCACCGUACACUUGGACAUUCAGACAGUCACAUGUCCAGGAGUGCUUCUUUCUAAAAAGAAAGAGGUCUACCUCAGUGUGUGUAUCAUGGGCCAGUACAGGAAGACUCCCUGUUUGCCCCCCGUCUUCCCUUUACGCUUCCGCCACAGAAUGGUUUUUGUCAAGACUUUCCACGGCGUUGUUGACCCUGCUGAUGUAGCUGACCUCCUCGAAGCUGACACAACAUCUUUUGAGCUGAUUCAGUUGGUGCCUCCAGAGGGUGAGGUCCUAGCCACGAUGGAGGAAAGCAGCAGAGAUUUCCUGUACCCUGGUCCCAGAGUGAGCUCCAGAGAAGGAGCUACAGAGAGAGAAAUACUGAUGAAGAGGUCUUCCUCCUUUCCUGGAAUCUCCCCCAAAGUGGAGUUUGCCACAACAUCAGUCAUAGAAGAGAGUGAUGGGAGAGACAGCUGGCCUGCUUUGCCUAACUGCUGUUUCUCUCCAGUGAAGCGAUCCUUACCCUCAUCCAAACAGAACUCAGAGAAAAAGUCCUCACCGUCCAGUGGGCACUUUUCCAGAAUAGAUGAUGGGAACUCUAUCUCCUUGAAAGGUGGAAAGGAAAAGCUAAAUAUUGAGGCUAGCAUAACAAACUCUGUACCAUCACCAUCAUCCAGACACUCGCCUCCAUUAUCACCAUCUGGUCGCAGUCCCUGGAAAAACAAGAGGGAAAAAAUGCACGCUUCUCCCAGACUUGUAGACUCCAGCUACCAGCAGCCCACUGUGUCCUCAAGGGCACGAGCCCUGUCCCCCUACACUCACCGCAAGAUGUGCCAGCUUUCAGAGGACGCCAGGCAGAGGCUCAGCCACCUUCAGCUGGGGCCUCACCUCUUCAGGAAGGAGACAGAGAGCCAGCCACCCUUCUUGGUCUCUCAUUGCAGUAGCAUCUCUGGGAUGGGAACCCCUUCCUCCUCUCCCCACAGUGUUGGCACGCAUCGACGCUCUUUGAGCUUUUCAGUUGAUCAAACAGAUUCUUCUCUCCUGGGUACUUACAGACCAAGAUCAACCAGGGCGAAGUCAGGCUCUAUGAGGGUCCAGUCAUCUCCAGAGACACGGCCCAGACAUGAAGCCCAGACCAAAAGCCCUGUGAUGGGUUCGGCUUCUGCUCAGUCUCCCCUUGUCAUGUCAGACUCCAGACGUCCUCUGAAUCUCAGCAACCAGUCCUUAAGAGAAAGGCUCCAACCCAGUCCAUCCCACUGGGAAGAGAUCCAUAGCCGAGUCCAGAAGAUCCUGCAGACGCACAGAGCCAUCUGGGACCACAGAGUGAACUUUGACCUUUAACCUUCUGAUCUAAAAAGCGACCAAAUAAUUUAUUCAAGGUAUUAAGACUUGUCACUGUUAAACUAGUAAGUCUAAUAAUGCAUAAAUCCUAAUCACAGUUUCUAUAGGCUGCACUAACCUGUUGCUCUUUUACUGUACCUACCGUAUGUUGUCUGUAGGAAUGGAUGCACACACACAUCCAGACAGAAACACACCUUCGUAACCUCAAGAUUUUAUCAUUCAGUGAGUCAAACCAUCUCACACACAUGUCUUUAUUUAUCUCAUGCUGAUGUUCAUUUACAUUUCAAACCUUCCCAGGCACCUGCUGAGCCGAUGUUUGUCGUCAUUACUCUUUGAAAAGGCAGGAAAUUUGCAGGGGUUAUGUUCAAAUGCGUAGAGUCACGGCUUCCCUCCCACCCAUCAGCUGGGCUGUGUUUUAAACGCCCCAAUGGUGAAACUUAACUGAGACGUUGUCUAAUUUCUCUAAAGCCAUGUGUGAAAUUGGCUCAGUUAUAAAGAGGCAACAUUUUGUGUGUAUGUUUUUUUGGGGGGGCAUGGUGGAUGUAAGCUGCAGCUGUUGAGGGCUCAUCUCAAACAACACAAAAGAGAAACAAGUAGGAAGCCAAGAGCCACCGUUGGGAGCCAAGCUACAA